UCCCAUCCUGCCAGCCUCCUGCAUGUGCUCGGCCAUCUGAGGAUCAGGUGGACUGCAUGUGCCUGCACACUUGAUUCACAGAAAAUGGUGCAAGAACAGGACUUGUGAUGUGUUUUUAGUAGUGUUGGAUGCAGUUAGAUUUUUCCUCUCAUAACAUCCACUGUGGCCACAGAAGAUGGAUUGGCCAGGGAAGAGCUGCUCUGGGUGUGUCUGUGUGAAGUCACCAUAAGGAUUUUAUUGGAGUAACUAAAGGAAAUUAAAGAUCUGAAGAUGACGGGACAGGCAGCGGAGAGAGACCGGUCGCCACACAAUCUGUCAGUGAAGACCACCUUGGAGGAGGAGAUCGAGAGAGCCGAGAGUAUUCUCAGCAGGGUGCCAUCUGUCUGUGAUGACACAUCCUCAGAGCUACAGAGAGUCGCUGCUCUCGACCCUCGCGGAGGCAAUUCCAGGAACUCUUUUCAAAGGAACGGAGCUAUCUCAAGACUGGUGAGCCUGGUGGUGAGACUGAGGGAAUGGGCACACAGGAGUCUGUUGGAGGAGGAGGAGCGGCCAGACUCCUUCCUGGAGCGCUUUCGUGGCCCUGAGCUGAGAACGGCCCCCAGCCGCAUCAGCAACAUGCAACCAGAUGCCAAUGGCAGCAAUGCCAAAGGGAUCUUUAGGAAAAAGUGGGAUUUGUUUGUGGUGUCCCCAUCCGAUAACGCCUACUAUCGCUGGUUAUUUGUUAUCGCCACAGCAGUGCUCUACAACUGGUUCCUUGUUGUUGCGAGGGCAUGCUUUGACAAGUUACAGGUGAACAAUUACAUCUGCUGGCUGGUGUUGGACUACCUCUCUGACAUUGUGUACAUAAUGGACACUUGUGUCCGACUUCGCACAGGGUUCCUGGAACAAGGUUUGCUGGUGAAGGACCACGCCAAGCUUAGAGACAGCUACGUCCGAACGUUACAGUUCAAGCUGGACAUAGUGUCCAUCCUGCCCACUGACCUGGCGUACAUCUCUACUGGCAUCCACACACCACAGCUCAGGUUUAACCGUCUGCUGCGCUUCCCGCGCAUGUUUGAAUUCUUUGACCGCACCGAGACACGCACCAACUACCCCAACAUCUUCCGUAUCGGCAACUUGGUGCUUUACAUCCUGGUCAUCAUUCACUGGAACGCCUGCAUCUAUUAUGCUAUAUCUAAAUCUUUGGGAUUAGGCUCGGACACUUGGGUCUUCCCAGACAUCUCCAAACCUGAGUAUUCCUCCCUGACUCGGAGUUACGUCUACUGUCUGUACUGGUCGACUCUUACUCUUACCACUAUUGGAGAGAUGCCUCCACCAGUGAGAGAUGAAGAGUACCUAUUUGUGGUCUUUGACUUUCUUGUUGGGGUGCUGAUCUUUGCCACAAUUGUGGGAAACGUUGGCUCCAUGAUUUCCAACAUGAAUGCCACGCGUGCCGAGUUUCAAGCUCGGAUCGAUGCCAUCAAACACUACAUGCACUUCCGCAGAGUCAGCAAAGAACUGGAGACACGUGUCAUUAAAUGGUUUGACUACCUGUGGACCAACAAGAAAGCAGUAGACGAGCAGGAGGUGCUAAAGAAUUUGCCAAACAAACUGCGGGCUGAGAUUGCUAUUAAUGUACACCUGGAGACCCUGAAGAAAGUACGCAUUUUUCAAGACUGUGAGGCAGGACUGCUGGUGGAGCUCGUACUCAAACUACGCCCACAGGUCUUCAGUCCAGGGGACUACAUCUGCAGAAAAGGGGACAUAGGAAAGGAGAUGUAUAUCAUUAAAGAGGGGAAGCUGGCUGUGGUGGCUGAUGACGGAGUCACACAGUACGCUCUUCUCACUGCUGGAAGCUGCUUUGGGGAAAUCAGCAUUCUGAACAUAAAAGGCAGUAAAAUGGGAAAUCGUCGGACAGCCAACAUUCGCAGCUUGGGCUACUCUGAUCUCUUCUGCCUCUCUAAGGACGACUUGAUGGAGGCAGUGGCCGAGUAUCCAGAUGCUAAGACUGUGCUAGAGGAGAGGGGCCGGGAGAUCCUGAUGAAAGAGGGUCUGCUGGAUGAGAAUGCAGAAAGCGGUGGGCUGCAGAAAGAGGACACAGAGGAGAAGGUGGAGAGGCUGGAGUCCGCUCUGGACACCCUUCAGACUCGCUUUGCCCGUCUACUUAGCGAAUACACACACACUCAGCAAAGGCUGAAGCAGCGCAUCACUCUGCUGGAGCGGCUGCGGAAUCAAACAGACUGUGGCGCAGAUGCAAGCGAUGACAUGGAUGCAGAUGCAGAGACGGUCAAUGAAACAGACGCUGGGCCUAUUGUCCACACAGAUGGGUCUCCACAUCGGAAUAAUGUGCAAAUAGAGGACAAAAAGAGCCCAACAUCAAAACAUUAACCGUCUCACUAAGGAGUUUUUGGAUCCAUGUCUCCUGAAAUACUUUGAUUCAGACUCAUUAAGAGUAUAGAAAAACUUCAUGACACUCUUUUUAUCUUCCUUUGUGAGAAUAUUUUUAUCAGUUUAGCUGAGUGUAAAAAGAUGUCUGCAUGUCAAUAAACAUGAAAAGAAAGUGGACAACACUGCUA